AUGGCAACACUGGAGCUUUACAGUAAGGGGGCUGGUGUGUGGAUUCCUGAUCCGGAUGAAGUCUGGGUUUCAGCCCAACUCCUCCAGGACUACACUCCUGGAGAGAAACAUCUGCUGCUGCAGCUCUCUAAUGGAAAGGAGAUGCAUUACCCAGUGGGCUCUCCUGCUGAUCUCCCACUGUUGGGGAACCCCGACAUCCUGGAAGGGGAAAACGAUCUCACGGCUCUCAGCUUCCUCCAUGAGCCGGCUGUCCUGCACAACCUGCGGGUUCGAUUCCUGGACUACAACAGCAUCUACACGUACUGUGGUAUCGUUUUAGUGGCCAUUAAUCCCUAUGACCAGCUCCACAUCUACGGAGAGGAGGUGAUCGAUGCUUACAGUGGUCAGGACAUGGCCGACAUCGAACCUCACAUCUUUUCAGUGGCAGAGGAGGCCUACCGCACCAUGACCAGGGAGGAGAAAAACCAGUCGAUCAUCAUCAGUGGGGAGUCAGGAUCAGGAAAAACUGUCUCAGCCAAAUUCACCAUGAGAUACUUUGCUGUGGUCGGAGGAGCAGCCAAGCAGACCAGUGUGGAGGAGAGAGUCUUGGCUUCUAACCCUAUCAUGGAGUCCAUUGGAAAUGCUAAAACCACUCGAAAUGACAACAGCAGUCGUUUUGGGAAAUACAUCGAGAUCGGCUUUGGUAGAAAGGGAGACAUCAUCGGUGCUAAAAUGAGGACGUAUCUACUGGAGAAGUCACGGGUCGUCUUCCAGGCUUCUUCAGAGAGGAACUACCACAUCUUCUACCAGCUGUGUGCCUCCAGAGAGCUGCCUGAAAUGAGGUCCCUCAAACUGGAUGCACCCGAGAAUUUCCGCUACACCAAUCAGGGAGGAGAGAUGCAGAUUCCUGGUGCUGAUGAUGUGUUAGACCUGGAGCGCACUCGAAAUGCUUUCACCAUCCUGGGUGUUCAGCCUGACCAGCAGAUGGAGCUCUUCAGGAUCCUCUCAGCUAUUCUACACCUGGGAAAUGCCAAGAUCCAAGCCAGUGGGAGAAGUUCUGAUAAGAGUUAUAUUGAUGCAGAUGACCGCUCCCUGGCCGUCUUCUCCCAGCUUCUUGGAGUUGAGGGACCUCAGAUGGCUCACUGGCUGUGUCAUCGCAGGCUGGCUGUAGGGGGAGAGAUGCUGGUCAAGCCGAGGUCCGGGCAGCAGGCCACAGAGGCCAGAGAUGCUCUGGCUAAACACAUCUACGGCCAGUUGUUCACAUGGACCGUCCAGAGACUUAACUCAGCCCUGCGCUCCCAGAGGGGACAGACCAGAUCCUUCAUAGGGGUCCUAGAUAUCUAUGGGUUUGAGACCUUUGAUCGGAACAGUUUUGAGCAGUUCUGUAUAAAUUAUGCAAACGAGAAGCUCCAGCAGCAGUUCAACAGGCACGUGUUUCACUUGGAGCAGGAGGAGUAUGUCCGGGAGGAGCUGGCCUGGAGCAAGAUUGAAUUCAGUGACAAUCAGCAGUGCAUCAACCUCGUCGAGGGACAACUGGGCCUGUUUGAUCUGUUAGAUGAGGAGUGCAGGAUGCCUAAAGGCUCAGACGAGAGCUGGGUACGGAAGCUGUACGACCAGCACCUGAGCAGCAAGCCCCACCCUCACUUCCAGAAACCUCGCAUGUCAAACAGCGCCUUCAUCGUUCUGCACUUUGCUGACCUGGUGCAGUAUGAAUGUGAAGGAUUUCUAAACAAGAAUCGAGACACAGUCUAUGAGGAGCUUGUUAAUAUCAUGAAAGCGAGUCAGUCUGAGCUUGUGGCCGAGUUGUUCCAGCAGCAGGAGAACGUGCCCUCUGUGGCCAAUGGGAGUGUUCGCUCAGGGAAAAGAGCGACCAGAGAGCACAGGCUGACGGUGGGCUUCCAGUUCCGUCAGUCCCUACAGAUGCUGAUGGACACCCUCAACAGCACCACCCCUCACUACGUCCGCUGCAUCAAACCCAACGACCUCAAAGAGCCGUUCAUGUUUGACCCCAAGAGGACAGUGCAACAGCUGAGAGCCUGUGGGGUGCUGGAGACCAUUCGUAUCAGUGCUGCAGGUUUUCCAUCCAGGUGGACGUACGAGGAGUUCUUCAGCAGGUACCGUGUCCUUCUGCGAGGGCCUCAGAGUCUGGAGCAGGCGCAGGCCUCGUGUCAACGGACUCUGCCUCAGAUCAUCUCAGACCCGGACCAGUACUGCUUCGGAAAGACCAAGGUGUUUUUCAGGGCCGGUCAGGUGGCUCUCCUGGAGAGGCUGAGGGCCGAGAGGCUGCGUGAGGCUGCUGUGGUCAUCCAGAGCCGGGUCAGAGGAUGGCUGUCCCGGAUCAGAUUCACCAGGGUCCUCUGGGCCACUGUCACCAUACAGAGAUACAGCAGAGGAGCUCUGGCCAGACGACUGGCCCUGACCCUGCGCUACACCAAGGCUGCCUUAGUGAUCCAGAAGAUGUACCGCAUGGUGGUGGUCCGACAGCUGUUCCUCAUGAUCCGCCAAGCCACUAUCACCAUCCAGGCCUUCACCAGGGGCACACUGGCACGCCGCACAUACAGACAGUUGGUUGCAGAACGGGCCACUGUGUUGCUUCAGGCGAGAGUGCGUGGGUGGUUGGCGAGGCGGGCGUACAGGCGAGUGCGUGCGGCGGUGGUGUUCAUGCAGUGCUGCGUGCGCCGCAGGGCCGCCAGGAGAAGGCUGCUGAAACUGAAGAGCGAGGCCCGAUCCGUGGAGAGGUACCGAGAGCUCAACACGGGCAUGGAGGUCAAAGUGAUGCAGCUGCAGCUACGAGCCGACCAGGAGGCCAGAGAGAGGGCUGCUCUGAAAGAGACCCUGCAUGCAGAGCGAGAGGCCGCCUCUGCUGAGCUGGAGGCUCUGAGGCUGAUCAUACAGAGACUGGAGAGCCAGAAACACGAGAGGCCUCCGCCCUGCUCAGACAUCAGUGAGAAGAAGGAAGAGAAGAGGAAGAGAGCUGAGGACAAAGCUGCUCAGGAGAUCCUGCAGCUCACACAAGAGUUGCAAACGCUGCAGAGAGAAAAAGAUGAUUUUAGCAAAGAGAGAGAAGAACUCUCUGCUCGAUUACUUGAACAAGAAAAAGCUAAAGAAGAGUGUGUCCAUCAGGCUGUGUCCCAGGCGAGUGCGGCUCUGAGGGUGGAGCUGGAUGAAGAGAGGAGAAAGUACCAGGGCCUCCUGAGAGAGUUCACCCGACUGGAGCAGAGAUACGAUAACCUCCGAGAGAUGAGUCUGCUCACUGAGCGCACCAGUGGCCACAGGAGGACAGACUCCACCCAGAGUCAGAGCUUUGAGCCUCCCUCACCCACCCUACUGUCACCCCAGUCCCUCACCCCUCUCCCCCUGUCACCCUUCCCGUUUGCCUUCCCCUCUCCUGAGGAGGUUCGCAGGGUCAGCGUGACGUCUCCCUGCCGGGAGAGGACACUCUCUGUGUGUAGCUCAGAAACAACAAUGGACUCGUUGAUGGAGAAGAUGGACGUGGCCAAGGACCCGGCUGUGAAGAUGAGAGGAGAGGACCUGGCACACGCCUACGACGCCGUACGAGUGGCCAACAAGUUCCUGGAGAGUCAGCUGCGUAACCAGCGCAGUCAGUGGGAGGAGGAGCUGGAGGCUCUGAGGAACCAAGCAUCCUCUGCUUCUUCCUCUGCAUCACAGCCACAGGAGCUGCAGGAGCUGCUGGAGGCCAGAGAGCAAGAGUGUGUCAGACUGAGGAGAGAGCUGAAGGAGCUGAGAAGCACCGUGUCACUCAGACGACUCCUCACUCAAGUUUUUCCAUCAGCUUUGACCGCGGAGAGCUCGUCGUGUCCGUUCCAACCGAAGCCGGCAGCAGUCUGUGGUCUGCUGGAGUGUAGGAAGAGAGACGAAGCAAAGCUCAUGAAGAACCUCAUCACAGACAUUCGUGUGGACACCGCCCUGUCUCUGCCUCCCGGUCUCCCUGCUAUCGUGCUUUCCCUGUGUGUCCGCCAGGCCGACUGCAGCAGGGACCAGACUCACGCUCGCUCGCUCUGUAGCGCUGCUGUCACUGCUGUGAAGGCAGCUCUGAAGAAACAUAACAACAAUAUAGAUGUGACAGCUCUGUGGCUGAAGAACGUUUGUGUGUUGCACGACCUGCUGACCCAGCACUCCCCAAAACAGACCCUUGAUUCAACUGAACUGGCUCCAAUGAUUCACGCCCUGAGCGACCUCUGCAUCCAGGCCUAUCAGCAGCUCCUCUCCAUCACUGAGACACGCCUGCAGAACAUCAUAGUCCCCGCCAUGCUGGAGUCUGAAACCAUCCCUGGUCUCUCUGGCUCAGCUGUGAAGUUGGGAGCAUCCAGGAAGCGAGCCGGCUCGGACCCCCGGACAGCAGCAGGUGUUGCUCCCACCAUAGCGUCGGUGCUGAGGGAGCUGGGAGCCCUUCACGCUGCCAUGACCCAUCAGGCUCUGCCCGCACCGCUGAUGGAACAGGCCUUUCACCAGCUCACCUACCUCAUCUCGGCCUCUGCUCUGAACAGCCUGCUGCUGCGGAAGGACGUGUGCUGCUGGAAUCGGGGCAUGCAAAUACGCUACAAUGUGAGCCUGUUGGAGGAGUGGCUGCGUAGCCGUAAUCUGCAGGCAGGGGGCGCUGUGGCCACGCUGGAGCCUCUGAUCCAGGCAGUUCAGCUUCUCCAGACUGGGAAAAAAACUGAGGCGGAGGCACAGGCCCUAGUUCAGACCUGCAGUGCACUGUCCAGCCAGCAGAUAGUGAAGAUUCUGACCCUCUACACUCCUCACAGUGACCUUGAAGAAAGAGUCUCACUGAAUUUCAUCCGUACUGUCCAGGGGCUUCUGAAAGGCCGCUCUGACUCCCAGCCUCCACAGCUCUUACUGGACGUGAGGCGAGUGUUUCCUGUCACUUUCCUCUACUCGCCUCCCACCGGGCUCCUCGCUGAGCAGUUAGUCAUCCCAGACGCCCUCAAGAUUUCCUUUCUACGCAGAGUCUAG